UAGGGGCGUGCCAAGAAAGGGAUAAUUUCCCUUCCCGUUCGGCCCCUACAUAAACUUCAUCAAUAGCUUGUUUGCUUUGCUUGAAAUUCGUGUCCUUCGUCCACGUGCGCACCGGAGUGCGGGAGUCACACACACAUCGACGGCUAGCUCAGCCCUGAGUCCACUCACAGCCACAAUGACAGGGAAUCAAUGGGGAUAUGGAAAAGAUGACGGACCUUCUGCAUGGCACAAAAACUACCCCAUUGCCGAGGGGGACCGGCAGUCUCCCAUAGACAUCGUCCCUAAUCAAGCUCGACAUGACCCCAACCUGGGUCCCAUUGUCCUGAACUACGAUCAUUGCACCUCCAUCAAUAUUGCCAACAAUGGACACUCAGUUGUGGUGGAGUUUGAAGACUCGGAUGACCGUUCAGUCAUCCAGGGAGGCCCUCUUGACAACCCCUACAGGCUGAAACAGUUUCACUUCCACUGGGGCGGAAAGGGCUGCCAUGGCUCUGAGCACACUGUUGAAGGAAACAGUUAUGAUUCUGAGCUUCAUUUAGUACACUGGAAUGCAGUCAAGUUUAAGACAUUUCAAGAGGCGGCAUCAGCUCCUGAUGGCCUUGCUGUCCUCGGUAUCUUUUUAGAAACAGGUGACGAACACAGAUGGCUUCACAUGAUAACAGACGCUCUGUACACGGUGAAGUUUAAGGGCAGUGUUACAGAUUUCAAAGGUUUCAACCCCAAGUGCCUCCUACCCAGCAGCCUCCACUACUGGACCUACCUGGGUUCCCUGACCACCCCCCCUCUGCACGAGAGCGUCAUCUGGAUUGUGAUCAAAGAGCCCAUGAUAGUGUCUGAUAAACAGCUGGGCAAGUUUCGAACACUUGUAUUCACUGGAGAGGAAGAGGAUCAGAGGACACGCAUGGAAAACAACUUCAGGCCUCCCCAGCUUCUCAAAGGCAGGAAAGUGCGUUCUUCCAAUUAACCUGACCCCAAGAGAUCCGAAGUUGUAGACAACAUAUGCUGUUUUAGACCACAAUGAAUGCAUUAAUGUGAUUGUACUUUUUUACCUCAUGGUAGCUUGACCUGAGGUCUUCUGGUCUACUUUGUACAGAAAAGUAAUUCUGAUCACUGCCAGCACAUUGAGAGGCAUGUGUCCCUCUACUGGGCAGACUCUUGAAUGGCAGAGGGAGGAAUCCAUUUUUGAAUGACAUAAGGAAAAUAAAAAGGGAUGUUAUGAAGAAAUCUAAUAAUAUAAUAACUUUUAUAAAACUUUCACAAAGAUGAAAUCACUAUAAGCUAUAUGUUAAUGAAGAUUCAAAGGUUAGAUGUGUACUUUUACCGCCAUAGCAAGAUGAUCUUUAUUGGGUGCUAAUAUGUAACCAGUUAAGCUGUGUACCCGUGCAGUGUGUUUCUGUUUGUAGACUGGUAUUGCACCUCUAUGCCUCCUGCAGAUUCACAGCACUGUCCUCUUAGCGGAUCCCUACGUUGAUCCAGCCUACUGCUGAUAGAUUCCCUGUCCUUGUGGACGUAGAUCCCUCACAGUCCAACAAUCUGAACUGGAGGUGGGAUUAGAUUAACGCUGCUUGAAAGUCUCGGGUCCUUUUUUAAAGCUUAACAGGCUGUGAUACAACCCCCAAGAGGAGGAUUUAUUAUGUUUAGCGUGCUCUUCAGAUUUAACAAAAAGCAGUGUUCCCUCUGUCUGCCAUUCACACAGUUCUAUCAGGAAGCCAAUGAGUUCAGUAUUUUAAUCAAACUUUGACAUAUGACCCGGCAUUCUGCUUGAAGUGUUUCAUGGUCUGGUCUGACAUUUCUGCUAUGCAGGAGGUGAUGCACACUGUCAGAAGCUCAUCUCUGAAGCUGCCCUUUUUUUCAAAGGAAACGUGUGCACAGUCUCUGAACUGUAAAUGUGUGACAGAGGCCCUGGUGUCUCACUGAGGAGAGUUAUGGCAGCUUUGUGUAAUGCUGUUCCUUAUUUAGAUGGGCUUGGAUUACACUAAUGCCGAGGUAUGGCAGGGAUAAACGUACAACCAAACGCACACAUGGGGAAUGAAACCUCAGUUAUGAUUGUUAUGUGUUUGUGUGAAAGAACAUUAACUUAUGGGUGGUUUGAAUGUUUUUGUAAUUCAUUCAUUUGUGAUAUUUGCUGAAUGAAAUAAAAAUAAAAAGUGA